AGGGGCAGCCACAGCUUCUGUGGGCCACCUGUGCCAGGGCCUCCCCACCCUCAUGGUAAAAUAUCUCUAAUGUCCCAUCUCUCCCUGCCCGUUCAUAGUUUAAAAGUGUUGUCCCUUGUCUUGUCACUACAGGCCUUGGUAAAAUGUCCCCAUUUUUCUUACAGGCUCCAUUUACCCUGAAAGGUCACAGGAUGGUCUCCCCCAGGGCCUUUCCUUCUCCAGGCUGAACAACCCCAUUCUCCCAGCCUGUCUCCAUAGCAGAGGUGCUCCAGCCCUUGGAGCAUCUCUGUGGGCUCCCUCCAACAGGUCCAUGUCUGUCCCAUGCUGGGGGCUCCAGAGAAUUCCCCCCUUGCCUGCUGCCCACGCUGCUUUGGAUGCAGCCCAGGGAAUAGAUGGAUUUCUGGGCUGUUGCUGGGUCAUGUCUUGUUCUUCAUCCUGCAGGAUCCCCAAGUCCUUCCCUGCAGGGUUGCUCUCCCUCCACCCACCCCCAGUCCGUGCUGGGGAUUGCUCCAGCCCAGCUCCAGGAUCUUCCAGUUGGCCUUGUUGAAGUUCAUGAGGUUGCCACGGGCCCACUCCUCCAGGCUGUCAGGAUCCCUGGGAAUGGCAUCCCUUCCCUCCAGGGUAUCAGCUGUGCCUCUCAGCUUGGUGCCAUCCUUGGACAGGGAUGUGCCCAGCUGUGCCCAGCCCCACUUCUGUCAUUGAUGGAAUGACAUGAAACGAGUCCUGGUGCCAUAGAAACAUCACAGAAGGGCUUGGAUUGGCUGAGAUCCAUGUGGAUCAUCCAGUCUGGUUCUGUGAUCCUCACAGGCUGCCUAAUGCUGACCCAAACCAGCACUCCCUGCAUCCCCAUGCUCAGGUGCUUUGGACUGUAGCUGCCAGUUUGUACUGGGCUGGAGCCAAGGGGAUCCAGUUUGUACUGGGCUGGGCCCAGUCUGUGCCGAGACAAGGCCAGGAGAUGGUUCCAAAGGUGUUUGGGAUUCCACAGCCCGGAAUGAGGCUGCCUUAACACCCACCUGGUGCUCGCUGUCCUGCCCUGCAGGUGCCCUCCAUCUCAGGGGAAUGGGGACCCUGCUGGAGCGUUCCAGCUUCUUCCUUUCUCCUGCCCCACUGCUGUCCCUGCCACACCUCAGCUGUCCCAUCCAAGGGCAGGAUUUUGAGGAUUUUACAGCAACUGCUGCUCCACAGGGCAGUUCUUCCCUCCCUGAGUGGCGGGAGGUCGUUGCUGUUAGAGGAGAAAGCUGAAAGGAGGUGAAUGUUUAAAUGUUUAAAUGUUUAAAUUCAUAGCCAAGCCCCCCAUGGUCUGGGUAGAGGAGGGGGCACACCUGAGAGGCCGUUCCCUGGCUGUAUGUGAACAACAGCUGUGUUAACUCCAGAAAUUCUUCACAUGAAGCUGAUUCCUGUUUUCCCAUGUACCUGCUCCAAAUUCUUCUUCAUUCUCUCUGGAUGUCAGCGCCUGCAAAGCUUUAAUUCGGGAGCCAGCACACUGUCAGAGAUAAGGCUCCUGAUAUUUCAUCAUGGAUCCUGCCUGCUCCAAGGAGCCUCCUCCGCUGGAAGUGCUGAAAUGAACUUAUGACAAAUACAGGGAAUGAAAGUCUCUCUCAAAUGCACUUUCUGGCAUGACUUAAAUUAGCUGAAAUUGCUGACAUUCUGCCUUUCUCAGAUGCGUGUCAGUGUCCAUAGACUUUUCUUUCAAACAUUGGAAAAUUAUUGAGUUAAAUGUUGCCAGAAACAAGGGAUGCGGGCGCCGCGGGUGUACGCUGGGUGAAGGUUACUGUGUCGUGUCUGGGUGCUGCAGCACUUGGUGGAGAGGCAGAAUGUGCCCCUCUAACCUUGGCUGAUCCCACAGAACGGAAGGAAUUCCGCUUGGAAGUUCUUGGGUUUGUACUGUGUUUAAUUUGGAUGGGCUGAGCCUUUUUUAAGAUUUAAUGACUGGUCAUUUUGCUUGAACCAAAACAUUUCCUUAAAGAGCAGGAAGUUCUUUGCCUGCUUGUGGGUCCUCCCGUGUUUGUCCCAGCAGCUCUGCUCGGGACUAGGACUAAAUGGACAAAGUGACACUUUCUUGGCGAAGAGAAUCAGCUCUUGGGCAGCUUCAGAGCUCCACAGCCAGGACCCACUAAUUGGCAGGUCCUGGUUGUUAACCACAGGCUGGAUAAAUCCUCCUGUAUCCCAGGGCUGUGGGAACCCCAGCACACAUCUGUACGUGGGUCUGGCACUCUGUGCAUUGAUAUAACUGGUGGAAUUCAGGUUGGGAAUCACAGGAAUGAUUCCUGUGUUGUUGUUGCUACCUGUCUGCAGGUAGAAAAUGCACUGUGAAAAGCUGGCAUGUACCUCGAAAAAAUUUCUUAGAUGGGAGGUAGCAGCUUGUCUAAAAGUAAAGAUUCUCUUACUGAAACCUGCACUCAUUUCAAACUUCCCUGUCCUUAACUGCUGAGGAAUGUGACAGUAUAUGAAAAUUUAAAGGCUGGUUCCUGCUGUUACUCCAAAUUUACAUUGGCAACAGUGUUUAAUUAAUUUCAAAUUUACUUAGUAGUUUACUUUCAGUGAAAAGUGUGGCCCUGACAUCUUCAGGGAAUAAGAAUUAACCCCUUCUUAAACUCCUUUGGGUUUUGUCUCUUUUUUAGUGAUGAAUCACGACAUGUCAGUGGGAACAUGCCUGUCCUGUCGGUGCCCAGGGUGAUGAGAUGGGCAGAGCAGUGUGGUGGGAGGGGGUAUCGGGACUCCUCCCCUCUGUUAACCUCCUGUUCCACAUGUGGGGUUCACCUGCCUUUGCUGCCCAUUGGAGACUUCCCAGGCACAUGCAGGACCCCCAGACUCACUGUACCCCUUAUCUGGACUCCGAAUCCGAGUGGGAAAUGCUGCGUGUGGGGCUGUCUGAGGCGCUGUCUCAUCCCACUGCCAGAACUUGGGUGGCAGAGCUGCACUUGGGUGCCUUUCCGAAAUGGGGGCGCAGAGCCCCUGCUGCAGGCAGGGGCUGCACUGGGACUGGAACCUGUGCUCUCCUUGCCUGUUAAACACGUGUUAUUUCAGCCAGUGCUCUGUGGAACGAUGGCAGCAGGGUUGUGUUGAAGAGGAGCUUGGAUGGAAGCCUUGGGAGGAUUGCAUGCACCUCUAAUAGCUGCUAUCUAUGUAACACAUGUGAUUUAAACAUGUCCCUUUUCAGGGCUGAGUGCAGGUGGCAGCUGGCCUGCCCACCUGAGUGAAGGCUGGGGGUUUUUGUCCUAAUCGGUAAGUUUGAUGACACAUCAUGAUCCUGCCUCGCUGCUGUUGGGAUUCACUUUCAUUUUCCUCCUAUGUUUCCCAGCUAAACCAAUCCAUCUCUCUAAAUCACUCACUUUAGGCAUCUUCCCCGUCCCUCAGCUGGUUUUGAGCCUCCUGUAUCCACUCUCUGAUGUUGGAGCAACUGCUGAAGGAUGCAGCCGCAGGUGCCCAGGGCUGUCUCGCUAACAAGGAGCAGAUUCCUCAAAAGCCUGCGGAGGAGACGUAGGAUCUUCAAGCAAAUUUUGGCAGCUGGAUCCCGAUAGCAGAUAAACUCAUUUGACCACCAUGAGUUGGAGUUUUCUGACCCGCCUGUUAGAGGAGAUCCAGAACCACUCAACCUUUGUUGGCAAAAUCUGGCUGACAGUGUUGAUUGUGUUUCGGAUUGUCCUAAUUGCUGUGGGAGGAGAAUCCAUUUAUUAUGACGAACAAAGCAAGUUUGUGUGCAACACGGAGCAGCCUGGCUGCGAGAAUGUCUGCUACGACUCCUUCGCCCCUCUCUCGCACGUCAGGUUCUGGGUGUUCCAGAUCAUUCUCGUGGCCACUCCAUCGGUGCUGUAUUUAGGCUACGCCAUCCAUAAAAUCGCCCGGAUGGUGGAGCACAGCGAAGCCAGCAGGAGAGCCAGGAGGAGGAGCUUGCCCAUCCGCUGGAAGCAGCACCGGGGCUUGGAGGAAGCUGAGGGUGACCACGAGGAGGACCCGAUGAUGUACCCGGAGAUAGAGGUGGAGAGUGUCCGGGAGAGUAAAGAGAAGCAGAGCCCUGCCAAAGCCAAGCACGACGGCCGGCGGCAGAUCCGGGAGGAUGGGCUCAUGAGGAUUUAUGUCCUGCAGCUCCUGGCCAGGGCCUUGUUUGAGGUUGGCUUCCUGGUGGGGCAGUAUUUCCUGUACGGCUUCCAGGUGAGCCCCGUGUUUGUGUGCAGCAGGAAGCCCUGCCCGCACAACGUCGAUUGUUUCAUUUCCAGGCCAACCGAAAAGACCAUUUUCCUGCUGAUAAUGUACGGGGUGAGCUGCAUGUGUCUGCUCCUGAAUGUCUGGGAGAUGCUCCACUUGGGGUUUGGCACCAUCCGGGACACGUUGAAUGCCAAGAAGAAGGAGCUGGUUGACUCUGGGACCUUUAACUACCCCUUUACCUGGAACACCCCGUCGGCUCCCCCGGGCUACAACAUCGCGCUGAAGCCGGAGCAGAUGCAGUGCACGGAGCUGUCCAACGCCAAGAUGGCCUACAAGCAGAACAAAGCCAACAUAGCUCAGGAACAGCAGUAUGGCAGCAACGAAGGGAACAUUCCCGCCGACCUGGAGAUCCUGCAGAGGGAAAUCAAAGUGGCUCAGGACCGCCUGGACCUCGCCAUCCAGGCGUACAACAACCAAAACAACCCCAGCAGUUCCAGAGGGAAGAAAUCCAAAGCGGGCUCAAACAAAAGCAGUGCCAGUAGCAAGUCAGGAGAUGGGAAGAACUCGGUCUGGAUUUAACGUUGGCUCGGUUGAUAUGUUGUGGUUUUUUUCUCCUAGUUUAUCAUAACCAGCAGUCCCAUGAAUAAUGGCUUCCAUUAAGGGAAUAUUUGACUCUGCUUAUUUUCAGGGAUACCGUUGGCUCGUGAUUCAGCCCCUGGGAAGGGUUUAUACACUGACUCUAGGACUAUAGAACUUUAUUCUUUUGUCUUCCAAGUCAGGAGACAAAUAGGUAUAUUUAAUUCAUUCUCAUUGAACGGUUUAUGCUGUAUGUACAGUAUUAUAGCACAUUUAUUAUGCACAAUUUUUUUUGUAUUUGUACACUGGAUCUGAUGUUACACUUUUUAUAUCAACAAGGACAAAGCAAUGGGUAGCCAUUAGCAUUUUGUUAAUUUUAUUAUUGUUGUCUGCAGUUAUGUCAUUGUUCUUCCUUGUUUUCCAAGUAAAACUUUUUAUAAAACUUUUC